GACGUUGCGGCGGUACGGGUGCUGCCGGGCGGACGCGUGGGCGCCGGUCGAGCAGGACGCUGCUGCUGUGCUGAUGGAGGGCCUUCGGGUGGUGGGGGAGGAGCGGCGCGCCGGGCUGCAGGGGUUCAGUGCACGGGGCAUGUGCAGGGCGGUGGACGGCGACACGUGGCUGUGGGGAGACGAGUUGCCGGACUAUGACGGCCUCCUCGCGACCGUGGUCGAGCGGGAGGCGCGCGGAGAUCAGGGUCGGCGACGUUUGCUGCUGUCCGUGGCGCAGAGGCUUCUGGACAACGUGCGCGUGAGGGAGCUCAGCGGGUCGGAGCGCGUCGACGCGGAGGCUCUCCUUGUGCGCCUGGGUGUUGCGCGGGCGGCCGUCGGCCGCGAUGGGGGCUUUGGGCGGGUGGACGGCGUGCUGUGCGAGGGCGCCCUUCGCGAUGCUGCGCGCGAGGUUGCGGGGGGGUGCGAUGAACGGGGGGUUCAGCUGGGCGAGCUGGCGACGGGGAUGCUUCGGCGGCAGGACGUGUUGGGGUACUGGGACGGCAGGGUGGAGGACGCCCUCUCGCCGGAGAUGCGGCCUCUGCACAUGUCCGCGGUGAAGGAGGCUCUGGGAGCAUUGAUUCCGGCCGCGCUUCACGGGAGUCUGGAUCGGUUCGUGGCGGCCCAGAAGGACGUUGCGGUGUUGGGGGGGGGGGCGAGCUACUUGCUCAUGGACCGCUACAGGGUGAACGUGCGGUCGGAGGAUGCUUUGCGCCGCGGCCGGUUCACGGAGGACGUCCUGGAGUUUUUCCUGAAGGUGUUGCAGCGGAUCUGCGGCGUCCUGGCGCUGCCCGUCGCGGUGGCGAGCAAGACGGUCGGUCUGCAUGCCGGGCGGGCGGAGUCCGCGGAGCAGUUCAGGAAGAUCAUGGGUGGCUGGAAGAAGGUGUGGAAUCGAGCGGAUGUGGCGGGGAAGAAGGAGCUGGUGUUGCCUGUCGCGGUGGACGAGAAGGGGCGCGACUGGUUCUGCGUGUCCGUGAGGUCUGCGUCAGAGGGAGAAGUUCUGGGGCGCGCAGAGCGCUUGGUCGUCCGCGUGUACGAUGAAAUGCGACGGCAGGGUGCCGCGCGUCGAGUGGCCUUGAACUUGGACGCGUUGGUGCGCGGACCCGCCUCGGCGGUGGCGGGCCAGGCGGGGCCGGAGACGAUCGUGGAGGAGGGGGUUCCCGAGUGCCGGGUGUCGCAGCAGCGCUGCCUCUGCGCGUUCGGGGUCUUGCUCUCUCUGGUGUCCAGGGCUGCCGGGGAGAGAGGCUUGGACAUGGCGUCGAAGACGUUCGUGCCAGACGCGGGCCAGGCGGUGGCGGCAGUCUUCGCGGGCUUUCGGACGCGUCUGCGGCAGGAGGGCGCUUCGGAUGUUUCUGUUCUGUUGGUUGAGGUGGACGCGUGCAGGGCGGUGCUGCGGUCGCUGGGCCACGCGCCGUCGCUGGUGCGCAGGGGCGGCGAGGCCGAGGGGGAGGGCGCGGAAGCAGCGGCCGGCAGCGUCUCCGGGGGGCGGACUUCUGCUCUGGAGCGGGGCCGCGGCGACGGGGCGACCGCGGGGGUGCGGCUGCGCGUGGGCACGUGGAACGUUGCCGGCGGGUCUUGGUCGGCGCAGGAGUGCGAGGGGGCGGGCGCGAUGGGCGAGCUGCUCGACCAGUACCAGUUCUUGGGCGCCACGCCGGCAGCGGCGACGCGGGGGUACGUCCACUUGUACGUUCGCAGGGGCAUGGAGGCGGAGCGGCUGUUGUGUGAGGCUUCCUCGGCUGCUGGCGUGGCUGCGCGCGUCAGGGUGGCGCCGGGCCGAGGCGGUGCCGCGGCGGACGAGGUCUGCGUCUUGGCAGUGCAUUUGCCUGCCGGGGACAGGGCGGCGCAGCGCGCUGCCGCGCUGGGAGAGGCGCUGCGGUCGCUGGACGAGAGCGGGGCGGAGCGUGCCAGGGUCUUGGUCGUGGGCGACUGGAACGUGCGGGACGAGGAGGUCGCAGCGCUGUGCGAGGCUGAGGGCAUGUGCGAUGCCACGUGCGCUAGGAAGACCUGGGGCGUGAGGUGGAACAGGUUUUUCGCAGAUCAGCAGUACAGCGGCCCCGGGUUUCGUUUUGACCGCGCGAUGUUCGGGGAGAAGUUGUUUGCCCGGGCGCAUGUGAUGGCGCGAGGGCCUGUCGUGUUCGAAGGCGUGCAGUUUUGCGCGUCCGACCACUUCGGGUUGAUGGUGUACGUGGACGUGGCAGACGUCUUUGCGCUGCGAGGCAGGGGGCGCGCGGAGGCAGCCCGGGUGCGGCGCGGGGAGGUGUGUAGGGUCUGUGAGGUCGGCGGGGAGCGAGAGGCGCAGGAGGUCCGGGAUCGCCGGCAGGCUGCCAGGGAUCAGCAGGGGCUCGACAGGGAGAGGGCCGCGGAGAGGGACCGCGAGGCGUUUGCGAGGGGCCAGCAGAGGGCGGCUCGCGAGAGGGCACGCCGGAGGCAGGCGUUGCACGAUGCGGCUUUCGGCAGGGAGUCGCUGUUCGAUCAGGACUUCGUCGUCGAGGCGGAGGGGCUGGGCGAGGGUGUUCAGAUCUCCGCGCCGUCUGCCAUUGUCGUGCCGGGCGCUGAGGAGUGGCAAGACGGUGGAUGGGGAGAGGUCGCCGGCGUACCCGUGGUGGGCAUGGGGAAUUUGGGGAACACGUGCUACGUCAACGGCGUGCUGCAGCUGCUCCUGCGGGUGUCGUCCGUGCACGAGGUCCUUUCGAGACAUGGGCGAGACCGGUGCCCCAGGGCGUUGCUUGGAGAGGAUUGUGUCGUGUGCUUGUUGCGGGAGACGCUGGGGCAGGUCAUGGCGGCGUCGCGCCGCGCAGGGGUGCGGAAGCCGAGGCUCGCGCAGGAGAGGGCGGCGGUGGACGAGCGGUACGGCGAUGACCAGCAGUGGGACGCCAGCGAGUUCUUUGGGCAUUGGUUCCACAGAGCUCGUCAGGUGGAGCUGGAUGCCGGUCGGUGCGUGCCGUGGGGCGAUGGAUGGCUACAUGGGCAGGACGGCUUCCAGGUUACGCACUGGGAUCGCCUGUUCAGGUACGGGUCGGCCGAGAUGGUGCGCGUGGUCCCGCCCGAGGACAGGAGGGUGUCGUUGACGACCUCCGAGCUGUAUCUGCGCGCGUGCGGGCCCGAGGUGCAGGAGGAGGCGGAUCGCCUCGAGUGCCCGAGGUGUGAGUCCCGGCAGGUGCACGUGCUGCAAUGGCGGGUGCGCGAGCCGCCGACGGUGCUCUUCGCGCGGGUGAUGCGCCCCGUGGCGGCGGGGGGCCAGGGCGCGUUGCUGCGCCGGCGCGUGGACGUGGAGGAGGAGAUCCAGCUGCCGGGGUUUCCGCGCAUGGUGCUGGCGGGGGUGCUUUUUCACAACGGGGCCACGGUGCGUUCUGGGCACUACACGUCCAUGUGCCGCGGGCCGGGCGGUAUGUUUUGGAUGUACGAUGACGCGAAGGUUCAGGCGGUGCAGGGCGGGGUGGGGGAGCAGAAGCCGGCGCAG